AUGGAAUAUACUACGCCCAUCUUCUGCACAAGUAAACUCAAUACCGGCCAUACUGGAUGUAUUCGUUGUAGAUCGUUAGGUGUUGUAGUAGAUAAGCGUGGAUACGGCAUUCCUGAACUAUGCAGAAGAGUGUUAAUUUUUUUUCAUAAAACGAGGUCUCGGUUGAGAAAAGCUUCGUGCAAAAACGGAUUCAAUAGCUGCAGUGCCGAUCUCAUUGUGUUUACGACAACAGCGCUCUUCGUCUUAAAGAAGUGGCUUGGACUUGUUUAG